AUGUGUUCGAUUUCCCCAGAGUUGUUGAAAAGACGUCUCGAUCCAACGAUGGUUCACGUCAGUAUAGUUAUAAGGUACGUGGUAAUAAAUCAUAAUGAAUCAAGUAUAAACAUAAAGGAAUCGUUUUUGGGAUUUUUUGUUAUUGAAAAACACGGAGCACAAGAUUAUGAAGAAUUAAUCACAAAUAUAUUAGUGAAGCUCGAUAUUGACAUAAAUAAAUGCAGAGGACAGGGGUAUGAUGGGGCUUCUGUCAUGAGUGGUGUAUACUCCGGAGUCCAAAAAAGAAUAAAAGACAAAGUUCCUACAGCAUCAUAUAUUCACUGUUGUGCCCAUAACUUGAACUUAGUCGUAUCAGAUGCAGCUAAAAGCUCUCAAAAAGUUGUAUCUUCUAAAAAAGAUGAAAAAGCUACUAGUUUGUCUUUGAAAAAAAAACUAGAAUCUAUGGAGUUUGUUCUAAUUUUAUGUUUUUGGGAAAAGAUUUUGAGAGCAUUACACGGUGUAACCAAAUCCCUUCAGAAACAAAAUACAAAUUUGCACAAUGCAUGCCAAAACUUAAAUGAAGCCAAAACAAUUAUAGAAAACCUAAGAGAUAGCUAUGAAAAUAUACUGUUGGAGUGUAAAGAAUUAUGUUCCAGAUGUGGAAUUACUCCAAACUUUCAUGUUAAGAGGAGUAGACUUGCUCCACAAUAUUUUGAUGAAAUUGAUGGUGAUCGUCGCCUAAAUAUAACAGAUGAAAAUUUCAGGGCUAAAAUUUUUCUACCUGUGUUUGAUACAGUUAUAUUUCAACUAAAUGCACGAUUUCAAGCACUACAAGAAGUUACAGAGAAUUUUGAUUUCUUAUUUCCUACAAUGUUAGCUAAAAUGGAUGAAAAUGAGAUCUGUAAGGCUUCAAUGGACUUUUUUUAUUUAUACAAUGAUGACAUUUCUUCAGAUUUUACCAGACAAUUAUUGUGUUUAAGAGGAUUAUUAAACACUAAUAUUCAAACGAUCAAGGAUCUGGCUUUAUUCAUAGUUAAAAAUGAUUUUUGUACAACAUACUGUGAUGUAAUAACUGCAUGCAUAAUUUAUAUUUCAUUGCCUGUGACAGUUUCAACGGCAGAAAGAUCGUUUUCGAAAUUAAAAUUAAUUAAAAACUAUUUGAGGAACAGUAUGGGACAGGAUCGACUUUCUAAUAUUUCCAUUUUAAAUAUAGAAAGAAAUGUAACUAAUCAAGUUGAUUUGGAAAAAAUGAUUUCUACGUAA